CUCACUCACUGGAGGUGGAGGCAAGGAGCGAUAGAGCUAUUAGCUCGGGCUGCAGCAGACAUCAUUGUACGAGCGGAGCGGAGACGAUUCCACCGGCAGUGCGCGAGAACGCACGGAGCCCUGGCAACACGGAGAGCCUCGCGCUUCCCUGCCCGUUAUACCGUACACUACAGGAAUGGUGAGGGUUGUUGGAGCCAGGCAGACGCAGACGUGGACAGACAGAGUGGGAAUCACGAGCUGUCCCCUCAGACAGCAGGAGGAGAGAUAUAUCCAUCACCGUCCCAGUGGUUUCAUCUGGACUCUUCUCUCCGAUUGAACAUUGGAACCUUCUACCUGGUCAAGAUCCGCCUGUAUCAUCCUAUUGGGCUGUGCUGGAGGCCUGCACUGAGACUACGAGUCGCGUUGGGAUUGUAACGACUUCAAUGGGCCACAACACUCACUGAAACACCGGAGGCAACUGAAUGAGGUUCUUCCUGCAGUCCUGGAGACUCACUCUCAGAGGGAAAUGAUUCCACAUGAAUUGCAUGGACCGCUCUCCCACAGCAGGUGUGACUUCCAUUGCUUAAGACUGAAAUCUGUGUCCAUCCGACCUUAGGCACAGAAUACAUCCCCUCACACCACCACUCUCCUCUCUAACCCAUCCCCAUCUUUGCUCCGAGCCAGUCAGUGGGACGGCACACUCUGUUAGCAAUACAAACAGAGACCAAGAGGGAGAGGAAAAGAGCCAAAAAAGACAGGGAAGAAACAUCCAGAAAGAGUGGUACAAGAUUCUCAGACACCAUGAAGUCAAACCAGGAGCGGAGCAAUGAAUGCCUGCCCCCAAAGAAGCGUGAAAUCCCAGCAAGCACUCUGCCCUCAGAGGUGAGGCCCAUGGUGAUGGCGCCUGCCAAUGAGAGCCAUCGUUCAGGGAACCUGGCCUGGCUUGCCAGUCUGGCAAGCGGACAUGACAGAGGGCGGCAGCACACCAGCACCUCCUCAGAGCCCGAUGGGCCUCAGUACAAACCAUUGUUAGCCACAGCUGAGAGCACACAUCCCUCGUCCAUGCACUUAACCAGAUCUCCCACUGCAGUGACCACCAUACCUGCAGUGUACACGUCACCCCUCUCUCAGCAUGCUGGCACCAUCCAGUACACACCCCUGGCUCAUAAUCUUCACUUCAUCAGCUCUCCGUACCCUGCACCAUAUGCUGGCUACAUCUCACCUCUAGUUCCCCCUUUGGCUGCCACCAGUACCAUACAACGUGAGGCUUAUUCCAGCAUCUACAGUUCUCCUGCAUCCAAAAUUGACCAGCACCACCAAUUGGGUCAUCCUACAGGGCUGGUCACAACUGACAACACCUCUUUGCCCCACUCCACCCAAUACAUCCAAAUUGCUGGUUCUCCUCUAAGCGUAUCUCCUCGGACUGCUCCGUCCCCCCAUGCUCACUUGCCUCUACACUUACACUCUCACCACACUCUCCCCAUCAGUGGCCACUCGCCAGUCUUAAUUCAGUACACAGAUGGACCUUUACCCAAGAGGGAGGAGACAAGGCCCAGGGAGGUGCUGAAUGGAGAGCUAGAGAAGGACAGACGCUUUGGUCCAUCUCCCGAAUCUAGUGCAGGGAAGCAGGGCAGCACUGCCAAAGGGGGUUCCUCUACUCAACAGCACCAGAUCCACCAGCAGCAGAGCCCACGUCACUAUGAGGCUCGGCAUGUGGUGCUCCCUGCCGAAUAUACGCAGGACAGCGCAACCAUGCGGACCUCGUUGGUGCUGGUACCCAACAGUCAUAGCUCCGGUGGUACACCUGACAAGCUGCCUCCCCUAACAUCCCACUCUGAGAAAGGAGGGAUUUGCGCAGGCAAACCUGUGUCCCGUAGUUCCUCCUCCUCAGCCUCCCUCCCAUUUCCUCCUCCCCCUCCACCUGUGGACAGUUUGAAGGGGGUGGCUACCACACUGUCUCCUCAUGCAGUCAUCCAGACCACACAUAACACCACAGAGUCACUCUCCCUGGGCCUCCCCUCCACCAAUUUCUACUCUGCCCAGCACCCCAUCAUUGGUUACAUUGCCGGCACAGGGCACCAGCAACCUCUCAGCUAUCACACCAGCCUACCCCAGCACCUGGUCAUCCCUGGAACUCAACCGGUCAUCAUCCCAGUGAGUGGAACUGAAGCUACUGCUACAUCGACCACACCACUCUUGCCUGCAGCACUACCCCAUACUUUCGUCACCUCAACGGCCCCAAAAGUAGAGACAUACCCUCACCCUGCCGCAGAUGUGUUUCAAGCCCAGUUGCAUCUGCCUGUGGUUCCGGCCCCUGCUGGCCUGCUGACGACUCCACCGCCACCCUCAGCCCCUUCACUGCCCCCUUACUUCACCAAGGGCUCCAUCAUCCAGUUGGCAGAUGGGGAAUUGAAGCGGGUGGAGGACCUGAAGACAGAGGAUUUCAUUCAGAGUGCUGAGAUCAGCAAUGAGCUGAAGAUUGACUCCAGCACUGUAGAGCGCAUCGACAGCAGUCAUACACCUAACUUUGCUAUUAUACAGUUUGCUGUAGGAGAGCAUCACUCACAGGUCAGCGUGGAGGUGCUAGUAGAGUAUCCUUUCUUCGUGUUCGGCCAGGGCUGGUCAUCAUGUUGUCCAGAACGGACAACCCAGCUGCUCGAGUUGCCAUGCACCAAGCUUUCAGUAGGCGACGUCUGCAUCUCCCUCACCCUGAAGAACCUGAGGAAUGGCUCCAUCAAGAAGAGCCAGGGGCAAGCCUUGGAUGCGCCUACCCUCGGUCCACCCCUUAAAUCACCCAAAGCACUCUCAAGCGACGUGCGAGGGGGUGUUCGGCACACAGAAAAGGAAAAUGGACUUGGGCAGUGUGGAGAUCAGGGAGGAGGAGGCGGUCAAGGCAAUAGAGAGAAUGGAGAACUGAGGUUUGGCGAAAGAGACAUCUGCAAAGCACCACCGGUCACUGAAUCAGAGUCUGGCAGCAAACCCACAGGCCGCAAAAGGAGGUGGUCUGCCCCUGAGGGCCGCAAAGUAGAAAAUCCUGAAGGAGAGCCUCCUUUAACGUUCCCCAAGCCUUCCUUCAUCCCUCAGGAGGUUAAAAUCAGUAUCGAAGGCAGAUCAAAUAUUGGAAAGUGAAUGCGCAUUGGACUGUCAUAUUGUAAAAGCAAAAUUUGCCCUCAGAAUGUUUUAGGUUCUUUUUUUUUUCUUUUUUAAUUUGAGUUCUGAUUUCAUUUUCUAUCCAGAUUACAUUACCUAAAGGCUAAAUUACUCAGUAUGUACAUUAUCACUUCUAACAUUGUAAUAGAUGCAUUCAAUAUUACAAAGGCAACUGGUGCAAUUCAUUUGAUUGGUCAAAUUCAGGGUGGAUGUAGUUCAAGGUGGGAAGGUCGUGAGAUAGCUGAGCACUGCAUGAUAUCCUGAAGGCUUCAGUAUACACAAUCAGUCACAGCUAACAAGGCUAAGACGUCUCGCUAGUCUCUCACCUACAACAUCCUCUACUUUUUUUUUUAGCACCGACAAACCUGGUUUAUCUACACCUAGUGGCAAUUAAAACAUUCACCUGCUGAGUGAACCUGAAAAUGUUAGUAAGGGAAGAUGAACAACUGGUGUGAAUAACAUUGCUAAUGGUGGCAGAAUGGAAAUCACUCCUCCACUGGUUGCAGGAGUUUACAUGAUGUCAGCCAUCUUGUUUAACUGUGACUAAAAAAAACUAAAACUCCAAAUCAGUGCUAACAAUGUAGAGCAGUAUCGUCAGCGCAGUUAGACUAGCUUAGAUUAUAUUAACAUUUAUUGAAAUGCAAGAAGAGGUUUCCAAAUACUAAGGUACAGGCCAAGAAAGAUGAUGUCAUUGAGCGAUGCCAUUUGCUCCUCAGAAAGACGAAACUAUCAUUUAAAACAGGGAAGAAGAACAAGUCUAUUUUUAUAUAUACAACUGUCUAACCUUUUAUUUGAUUAUUUUU